AUCUUUUUUCCCCCUUUUUUCCUCUUCUUUGUUUUGUUGUUAUCCCUGAGAUGAAGAGUGGUCGCAACAGUGCGCCGUUCCCCAACGCUUGGUCACACAUUCGCAGUGAGUGCGCCCAUGCGGAGCUCGGCCGGGGAGGAUGCUGCUGAGGAGAGAGGCAACCAGUUGCUCUCCAGCUGCCACAGCAAAAGUGGAGCCUCCGCCUGCACACCGACGGACGGACAUCCUCGACCUGUUGCCUCGGCUGGAAGAAAAGUAGAGCUGCACGCUGCCGGAGAGGAGACGAGUGGAAUGUUUCUGACGGGGAGGGCGGUCGAAGACGAUGCCAUGAGAUGGAUCAAUGUGUUCUUCACUAAUCGACGCUUCGAUUGGUGAAAGGGAGAAGGAGCACGGAGUUGGAUUUUGUGGUGUCCACCUUCCCAGUUUGGAGGUGCUGUACGCGUUGAUAUCUGUCUCCGGGCUCUGAGGAGGAAGACCAUGGUCGAACUGGAGAAGGAGGUGCUCCCGCUACCCCCCCGGUACCGGUUCCGAGACCUGUUGCUCGGGGACUGGCAGGCCGACGACAGGGUGCAGGUAGAGUUCUAUGUGAAUGAGAACACUUUCAAGGAGCGCCUCAAGCUGUUCUUCAUCAAAAACCAAAGAUCCAGUCUGCGGGUGCGAAUGUUUAACUUUGCCCUGAAGGUGCUGAGCUGCCUCCUCUACAUUGUCAGAGUCCUGCUGGACAAUCCGCAAGAGGAAAGACAGGACUGCGCAAGCGGGGCAAACUGCACCAAACCAAACUCAUCCUCUCGUCCCUUGAGUGAGUUUGACUGGAAGCUGAUCAUCUGGGUGGACAGACCGCUGCCGCUGUGGGCACUGCAGGUGUUUGUGGCUUUCAUCAGCUUCUCAGAAACGAUGUUGCUCGUGUAUCUGAGCUACAAGGGCAACGUUUGGGAGCAAGUAUUACGUGUCCCCUUCAUUCUGGAAAUGAUCAGCGCCAUUCCCUUCAUGAUCACUGUGAUUUUGCCCUCCUUCAGAAAUCUCUUCAUCCCCGUAUUUCUGAACUGCUGGCUGGCAAAACACGCUCUGGAGAACAUGAUAAAUGAUCUCCACAGGGCAAUCCAGAGGACGCACUCAGCCAUGUUUAACCAGGUGGUGAUACUCAUCAGCACGCUGGUCUGUCUCAUGUUUACAUGCAUCUGCGGCAUCCAACACCUGGAGCGAGCGGGCAACAACUUGACCCUGUUCGACUCGCUCUACUUCUGCGUGGUCACCUUCUCCACGGUGGGCUUUGGAGAUGUCACCCCUCAGAUCUGGCCCUCGCAGCUCCUGGUGGUCAUCAUGAUCUUCGUGGCCCUCAUUGUGCUUCCCAUCCAGUUCGAGCAGCUGGCCUUUCUGUGGAUGGAGCGGCAGAAGUCUGGGGGGAACUACAGCCGCUACAGGGCACAGACGGAGAAACACGUGGUGCUGUGCGUCAGCUGCCUCAAGAUCGACCUCCUCAUGGACUUCCUCAAUGAGUUCUUCGCUCACCCGCGACUACAGGACUACUAUGUGGUGAUCCUGUGCCCAGCAGAGAUGGACGUCCAGGUCAGGAGGGUCCUUCAUGUCCCUCUGUGGGCCCAGAGGGUCAUCUACCUGCAGGGGUCUGCCCUCAAAGACCAAGACCUGAUGAGGGCCAAGAUGGACGACGCUGAGGCCUGCUUUAUCCUCAGCAACCGGUUUGAAGUGGACCGCAUUGCUGCUGAUCAUCAGACCAUCCUCCGAGCCUGGGCGGUGAAAGACUUUGCACCAAAUUGCCCCCUGUACGUCCAGAUUCUCAAGCCAGAGAACAAGUUCCACGUCAAAUUUGCAGAUCACGUGGUGUGUGAAGAGGAGUUUAAAUAUGCCAUGCUGGCUCUAAACUGCGUGUGCCCCGGCACCUCGACACUCAUCACUCUGUUGAUCCACUCGUCCAGAGGACAAACGGCACCCCAAGAGGCCUUCAAACAACGUGUAGGAGCCUUUCAAGCGCUCAACAGGGAGGGCGGGGCGUGUUCGGCGGACCAAUGGCACCGAACCUACCGCCGCUGCUCAGCCAAUGAGGUGCAUCACAUCCGCCUGGAGGAGAGUAAAUUCUUUGGGGAAUACCAGGGCAAGAGUUUCACCUUUGCCUCCUUUCAUGCUCACAAAAAGUAUGGGGUGUGUUUGAUCGGCAUACGCAGACUGGACACCACCAACAUCCUGCUGAACCCCGGUCCCUGCCACAUCAUGGGAGCCUCCGACACGUGCUUCUACAUCAACAUCUCCAAAGAGGAGAACUCUGCGUUUGUCCGGGGCCAGAGGGAGCCGUCGUGGGGCGGCAGUGGAGGGAAUGCCAGGGGAGUCCACCAAAGCAUCUACCACGGGCUCACCCGUCUGCCAGUCCACAGUAUCAUCGCCAGUAUGGGUACGGUGGCCAUCGACCUGCAGGACUCAAGUGACAGCAGCCCAGAGGGCCAGGACCCAGGGAGCACGGGGCUGGGCAGCGGGACACGAAGCAGGAGAAACUCCAGGACGGAGGUGGUUGGCGCCAACACCUUGGCCCUGCCCGCCAUAGGAGCAUCGGCCGAGGAGCGACGGCACAGCAUCGCCCCCGUCCUGGAGCUGGUGGACGGAGUCAACAACCCCACGUUUGACCUCCUGGGAGACCAAUCGGAAGAUGAGGGAGGGGAAGAGGGCAAGGAGGACAGUGACCGGGACGAGAGCGCCCACUGGUGGGGUCGACACUGCGAGUGGGUGAAGGGAUACCCGCUGAACUCGCCUUACAUCGGCAGCUCGCCUGCUCUGUGCCACCUUCUUCAAGAAAAGAUGCCUUUCUGCUGCCUGCGUAUGGACAAGGCUUGUCACCACAUCCCCUUUGAGGAUGCGCGCUCCUAUGGCUUCAAAAACAAAUUGAUCAUUGUGUCUGCGGAGAGCGCAGGAAACGGCCUCUACAACUUCAUUGUGCCUCUGCGAGCCUACUAUCGACCCAGAAAGGAGCUCAACCCCAUUGUGCUGCUGCUGGAGAGCAUACCCGAAGCAGACUUCCUGGAGGCAAUCUGUUGGUUCCCCAUGGUGUUCUACACAGUGGGCUCCAUCGACAAUCUGGACAGUUUGCUCCGAUGCGGAGUGACUUUUGCCGACACAAUGGUGGUGGUUGACAAGGAGAGCUCCAUGAUCGCAGAGGAGGACUACAUGGCGGAUGCGAAGACCAUUGUCAACGUCCAGACCCUCUUCAGACUAUUCCCAGCUCUAAGUAUCAUCACGGAGCUCACACAUCCGGCCAACAUGCGCUUCAUGCAGUUCAAAGUCAAAGACCACUACUCCCUGGCUCUGUCCAAACUGGAAAAGAAGGAAAGGGAGAAGGGUUCCAACCUGGUGUUUAUGUUCCGCCUGCCCUUCGCUGCAGGGAAGGUGUUCAGUGUCAGCAUGCUGGACACUUUACUCUACCAGUCAUUUGUGAAGGACUACAUGAUCUCCAUCACCAGGCUGCUGCUGGGUUUAGACUCCAUGCCUGGCUCGGGUUUCCUCUGCGCAAUGAAAAUCACAGAGGAUGACUUGUGGAUCCGCACCUACGGCAGGCUCUACCAGAAACUAUGCUCCUCCACUGGAGACAUACCCAUAGGCAUCUACCGAACAGAGGCCCACAAGCUUCCAGUCUCUGAGUCCCAGGUAUCCAUCACAGUGGAAGACUACGAGGACACCAGAGAACCCAGAGAGCCCCUGCUGUCCCGGACCGGCGCACACCGUAACUCCACCUCCUCGGAGCCCAUCUCCACCUCCUCCCACUCCUCAGACCACCCGCUGCUCAGGAGGAAGAGCAUGCAGUGGGCACGGCGACUGAGCAGGAAGGGGGGUCGGGGCUCCAGCGGAGCCAAGGGGGGGCCGGGCAGUGCGGCGGAGAGGAUCAGCCACCAGCGACUGACCCUCUUCAGGCGCUCGGAGAGGCAGGAACUCAACGCCCUGGUGCGAACGAGGAUGAAACAUUUAGGCCUCUCUCCAACCGGAUUCAAUGGGUUGACAGACCAAGGCAACAGACUGUCGUACAUCCUCAUCAACCCUUCCCCGGACACCAGACUAGAGCUUCAUGAUGUCGUGUACCUGAUCAGACCAGACCCCCUCUCUCUGGUACCCAAUCAGGGGAGCAGCAGGAAGUGCAGCGCCGGGCUGACAGAGAGCCACAGAGGGAGGAGACAUAACAACACACUCGAGGAAGAAGUGGAAAAUAAGAACUGAUUACAUGGAGUGGGACGCAGCCAGGCGGCGCAAGGCCCUGCUCCACAUUCAGUCUCAUGGAACUCAGAGGUGCCGGACCUGCAUGGACCUUUUCUAUAAUGAUGAGAACGUUUUAUUUAUGCACCUUCCUAUUUUUCGAGACCUGCGGACACAGAAGUGCAUUUAAUGAAAAAUCCGUAUGUACAAAUAUCCGUGUAUGUGCAUGUUAUGUACUGCAUCAUGUAUGUGCAGUGUGUAUGUGUGUGUGUUUACAGUACGUAUCAGCAAGUGUGUGGAUGAAUGUGUACUUAUGCUUAUGGAUCGAGAGCGAGACACUGCCAAUUUCAUCUGGACGGCCAAAGGAAUCUGCUGCCAAAUGGAGGUCGAGGGAGGUUUUUUUUCUCUGUUUUUUCCUGUCCUCUGUGCUGUAGGUGUGUUUUGUCACACUUAAUGUUGUUUGACGUAUCUGAAAGUGACGCCACAGGUGCAGAGACCCUGUGAGUUUUCUUUUCUUUUCUUUUUCUUUUUUAGUCUUCAUAAAGCCUUUUUGAAACUUUCUACCUGUUGCUUUCACCCUCAAACACACACACAAUUGUGUUAUGCUCACCAGCAGCGGACGAAACCCAAAGAGCACCAGUUUUAAGUAAUGGACAUAAUGGGAGAAAGAGAACACACAAGUCAGUGCAGGGCAUUUUUCUCAAAGUCUCUCUGCUUCUGUCAGUCGGCGUGAGCCGUGUCCAUCCAGCAGCUUGCUUUUGGAACAUGCAUGUUAGAGAUGCAGGGAACAGGGAAACAGAAACAGUAACAUAAGGCUGUCCACUGCGAGAGCCCUGCAAUUAAUGCAUCAUUUCUAGAGCUAAUAACAGUAUUGAAGCUGCAACAUAAGCUAUACAAGUAAAUACUUGUGAUAUUUAUUGCACACUGCUACAAAUAUCCACUUUAACAAGUGAAUAGUUUGCUAAUUUAAUACAAAAACAUAUAAUAUGAUUUUGUUUUCAGUCAGAAAAAUCUUGUUUCUCCAAAAACAAGUGGGGGGAAAAAAUGUGCCAGCAGACUGAGACUCGCUCUGCUCGUUUAUCAGCCAAGUCCACCAUUGACAUUUAUGCCAUUUAUUUGGAUUCGCAAGCCUCUGUAAAUCGUUUGUCUGAAAUUCCGAAUGUGCUGCUUCGACACAGAAACGGUGCAGCCAUGUGGUGGAAACGCUCACCGGCGCCCCGGGCCAGACACCACCACCGCCGCUGUAGCUUCAGUGCCAUUAACAACAGAUGGAAAUAUGUACAUAUUAAAGUCAGCCGAAAAACAGCACGUCACUGC